AUGGGUGCUCUAUCGAAGACCCUCCCACAAUUGGCUUCCUCCAAGCUCUUCAUCACGGAAGGCGGAAUUGAAACAAGUCUUAUCUACAGAAAGAACAUCGAUAUCCCAGGCUUCUCCACUCUUCCCCUGCUCGGUACGGAGGAGGGCAGAAAAACCAUUCUCUCCAUCUAUCAAGACUAUGUAAAAAUUGCCCUCGCCCACUCAACCGGCAUCGUCCUCGAAACUCGAACUUGGCGCGGCUCUCCUGCAUGGUCUUCCACAAUUGGCCUCUCCGUUACGCAAAUUGUCGAUCUGAACCGCAUAGCAGUGAGGAUCCUCCGUGACCUUAGACACAAGGCUGAGACCCCAUCCACUCCUAUUGUCAUCAGUGGGGCUCUUGGGCCUCUUCAAGAUGCCUACCAGGAUUCCACGGGCAGGUUUACCUUCUCUCAGGCGCGGGAGCAUUACGGUGCUCAGAUUCGCGUUUUCGCUGAGGAAGGGGUGGAUAUGUCAAGUAUCAUGACAGUAACGAAUCUGGAUGAGGCCACUGCCGCAGUGAGUGUGGCGCGUGAGUAUAAUCUCCCUAUCCUCGUCUCGUUUAGCAUUGAGACGGAUGGACGGCUGCGAGGAGGGAGAACACUGGAAGAUGCGAUUCGAGAAGUUGAUCGUGUGACGGAUAAUUAUACGACGUAUUUUGGAGUGAAUUGUGCUCAUCCCCGUCAUGUAAUGAUAGCAUUGCGGGGUAUGUCCGAGGAUGUGAUGUCGAGGAUCGGGUCGAUUCGAGGGAACUCAAGUCUUAAGUGUCACGAUGAGCUGGAUAACUCGGGGGUGCUAGAUCGGGGAGAUAUUCCGGUGUGGGAUCAAGAGUUCAAUGGGCUUUUGAAUAUCUUGCUGGGAUUGAAAGUGAUAGGGGGUUGCUGUGGCACGGAUGAAGAGCAUGUCGAGACAAUUGCGAAACGAAUUCAUUCUGUCAGUUGUUAA